AUGUUCCUUCGCCAGCUUGACUUGACGACGGCGCUUCGUCCGUCACUGUACGACGAUGAGACGCUGCUCUUCGUUCAAGAUGGUGUCGGCCUGUACGAAGGCAAAGACAAGAUUGCAAACUACCAAAAUGGGCAUGCCUACUUGACCUCGCACCGUGUGUGCUACAUCGACAAUGUGGAGCCUAGGAAGUACUCGGUGGCCGUUGACCUCAAAGAAAUUGACCGUAUAGAAUUCUAUGGCGGUUUCAUGAAGUCUUCGCCAAAGAUCACGCUGUUUCCCAAGGCUGUGAAGAAGCCAGUACAGGGCAUCAGGAGCCCGGUGCCGAAGUAUGCUAAUCCUAGCGAUGCUCUGGUGAGUCGAACCUCUGCGUCUCCGUGGCCAGUUUCGCAAUCGCCUGCCCCGCCACGAGACAUCAAUGCUACUUGGGUCUGCCCGAUAUGUGGACUCUCCAACAAAGUGCCAGCGAACUUUGAUCCGUCUACUGCGAAUCAGCAUACAAUCCUACCUCCAUGCCAAGCAUGUGGUGUCAAGCCUCCUUUGGUGCUGUUGACGAAAGUUGCUAUUGCCGCUAUGUCAAACCGGGCCAGCGCUGGUUCCAUGCCAGCAACGCCGACAACACCUCGUGGAUCCAUGGACAGCCCUGAGCCUGGGACAGGGCAUGACAUGACGUCUGGAUCGAUACCAGCCGGUCAGUGUCCUCGAUGCACGUUCCAAAACCAUCCAUCUCUCACAUCAUGCGAGGUGUGUGGUGCAUCCUUCACAGGCGUGAUAGAUCAGCGUUUGCAGCAUUUCGGGGACGAUGCAGACAGAAGCGCCUCUCCAGGGCCCAUACGGAAUGUGUCCACGCUCGCUGGCGACGAAACGAUCGAGACUAUCAAGUUCUCCUUCCGCGCUGGUGGUGAGAAGACGUUCCAUGAAAGACUCCAAAAUGCGCUCGUGCAACGCAAGUGGCUUUUGCAAAGUGCACCGCCAGUACCGCGAUCAUCACAAACUCCACCCAACGGAAAUGGCUACCACCUGCCACAUGGCAGUCCUCUUGCCAAGAGCACUCCGCAACGUGUUGUCGGCAUCGCUGGCCUCGAGCAGAGGGGUGCUCUUCUCCGACAGAACAACCAGACUGUGAUAGGCUCCGCUUUCGAAGACUUGGACGCCUUGAUGACUUCGGCCAAAGAAGUCAUCGAGAUGGCAGAGCAAUUCGCAAAACGAAGCAAUGGCAGCGCGGAUGGAGACUCGGACGCCAGACGAAUCAUAUCUGACUCUGCAUCAGCACUUGGUCUGAUGACAACGAAAGAUAUGCUUGGGUCUGGGUCGUCAGCAGAGCAGCUCUACAUUACUGAGCUGUCUCGAGAUCUGGCCGAAUUUCUCACAGACGAUCGGAAAGGCGUUCUGAGGAAAGAAGGCGGUAUUAUGUCGCUUGUCGACCUGUGGCAGGUCUUCAAUCGAACUCGCAAUGGUAUCGAGUUGAUUUCUCCGCUUGACUUUCAGAAGGCAGCGGAGCAAUGGGACAACCUUCGCUUGCCGAUUCGCUUACGUCACUUCAAGAGCGGUCUUCUGGUCGUGCAAGAAAGGAGUCGGACAGACGAUAAGACUAUUGCCAGCGUGCUGCGAUGGCUUCGUGAACCUCAGUACGCUUUCCCGCCGGUCGAAAAAGCGUUUGGCCGUGGAGUCACUGCACAGGAGACCGCCGAGCGCUUUGGCUGGAGUAUUGGUGUCGCGACAGAGGAAUUGGAGAUGGCUGAAGAGACUGGGGCGGUCUGUCGAGAUCAGUGCCUCGAUGGAGUCAGAUUUUGGGAGAAUCAUCUGCAACUACCAGCAGAGCAGGUGUAA